AAAGUCAAGCACCGUGUCAUCAAGUGUUAAAACCACAAUUGCAACGACUUCGGCGCAAGUGUCAUCAACAAAAUCUUCUUACAGCUCUUCAACAAUGACACCUUUUGAUACAACUUCUUCUACAUUUACUCCAACUAGGAAAUCGACCACUAUACUGUUAAGUUCAAAACCACACAGUACAGUAACGUCUACAGUAAGACCAACAGCGAUACAUACUUCAGCGUCUUCAAGUAGCAACAAACCAACACAUACCAAUGGAUCAAAACAACCAACAACAGUGAAAAUUCCCACUACAACUUCUUCAACAGUGAAAAUAUCUACGACAACUUCUUCAACAGUGAAAAUAACUUCUACAACUUCUUCAACAAGUGAAUAUCCCGUCUCAUCGGCAAGUGCAAUUGGAUCAACAAAGAAUAGUGAGAAUCUCAACGCUUGGGUAAUAACAACAACUGUGAUUUGUGUAGUGGAAUUCAUUGUUAUUGUAUUAGUGGUUUACAUACUAUGGCUUCGAAAACAACGACGCUUAGCCAUGCAGUAUGAAAAGGAAGAAACAGCCUUUUAGGAAAUUGAAAAAUAAGACUGCAUGAUUUGAUUUGCCGCUUUAAGCAGGAAUUAAGUUAAAAAGACAUCACUGUUCAAACGUAAAAGUGGAAAGAACUACAUUGUAGCA